AUGUAAUUUAAUCAAGACUCAAAGAAGUUCCUGACUCCUGAAAUGAUGAAGUAGACCUCACAAAUGUGUGCAAACAUGAGUGAUGAUCAAUUGAGACAAUAUGCUUAGAUGGCAGGAAUGGGUAACAUAGAUCCUUCAUUUUUGAGACAAACCAUGGGUCAAAUGAGGAUCUAUAAAGACAAGUCAAUCAAACUCGUCCAGAAGACAUAGAGAGAGCAAAAUAGAGAAUUCAGGGUCAGCAAGCACAAUAAUAAUAAUAGCAAUAGCAAAAACCAUAGAGUGAGUAAUUUCCGAUCAUUAACAAAAUUAAAGAAUCAAGGAAAUGAUGCAUUUAAAUAAUAAGAUUACGAAAAGGCAGCAUCCAAAUAUUAUGAAGCAAUCUCAGAAAUUGAAGAAUUGUGGGAAAACAAUGCCUAUUUGAAAAAUGACGCAAACAAAAAAAUAGAAUUGAAGCAAUUGGAACAUUCUUGCAGAUUAAAUUAUUGUAAUGUGAAAGCCAAACAAUCUCAAUUUGACGUUGUUUUACGUUAAGCUAAGAAAGUCCUAGAGGAUGACGAUUAGAAUGGUAAGGCUAAUUUCAGAAUGGGUUAAGCACUCUUCGAGACAAAAAGGUAUACGGAGGCCCUUGGAUAUUUGGAAAUUGCAUCCUAAAAAUUACCAGCGGAUGAAACAGUGCAAGUUAUGUAUAAACAAACAAAAGAAUUGUAAAAUUCAAAUAUCGAUCAAACAUAAAAAUAAAAUUCAGAUGAUCCAUAAGAAAAACAAGAAUAGAAAGUUGAAUAAACUAAAAUUGUAUAAGAAGAUGAACCAAUUCAAAAUCAAUAAUAAUAAUAGCCUUAACAAAUUUAUAAAGAUAAGAAGGAAAACAAAGACUUAGAAGAAGAAGCACAAAAGAAACCAAAAAUCAAAUUAUCCUCUGUUGACACCAAUUCUGAAGAGUUCCAAAAUUUAAAGUAGAAGGUGCAAUCCACUAAAGAAGAUGGUUUUAUUGUUGAGGAGGAGAUUCCUACUUCUAAAAGUCAACCUACAAAGCCUGCCACUAAAUAAAAUGAAACUCAGAAUGUAAACAAAAUUCCAGAGAAUCCCCAAUUUCAAUAGCAAUUUGACUAAUUUAAAAAUAUGUCUCCUGAAUAAUUAAAUUACAUGACUAACACGUUAAAAUCAAUGGACAAAGGCUUCUUAAAAUAAAUGAUGAAAUAGUAGAGUGGAGUAGAGAUGUCAGAUUAAUAAAUAGAGAUGAUGCAAACUAUGAUGACACCUGAAAUGUUGGCAUAAAUGAAAAAUGUGGAUCCAGCAGUAUUACAAUAAUAAAAGUUAUCCUAAUAAUCUUAAUAAUUCGCAUAAUAACAACCCAUUUAGUCAACUUCAUAAUCAAAUAAUCAAAACGCUCCUCAAGCUCCUUAGGCUCCCACUGCGUCGUAAUAAAUGCCAUAAAACCUAUAGGGUUUAGCAUAAAAUCCCUAAAUGCUUGAAAUGGUUAUCGAUCAAUUAAAGAGCAAUCCCUAAAUGUUAAAAAUGAUGGCUCCUGCAUUUGGUGGCAAUAAUGCAAUCACAUCAUACAUUGAAUCUGCAAGUCCAGAGUAAUUGUCCAAGGUCGUUGGUAGAUUGGCCAUAUUCUUAAAGUUCUUAUUAAUGUUGUAUAGAGGGUGGUUGAUGGCGAAAAAUCAAUGGAAAUUUAUAUUGGGGUUCCUCCUGGCGUACUUAUAUUUUAAAUUAUUUUGA